CGUGCGCCUCCCACAAUCCCCCCCGCGGGACUGUUCCAUUGCUGGUGGCUGCUGGGGCGGGGGAGGAGAGGCCAGGUUUGGGCGGCAGCCGCUUGCCGCUCGUGCGGGAAUUCCACGAGUGGCGAGCAGAGAGGCCUAGGCCACCGACCUCCCUGGACCUGUGGUCACGGCGCUAAGGCUUGCCGGCCCGCUGCCCGCUUCAGGCCGCGGUGAGCGGGUCGUGUGUGGCACGGUGCCCCUCCGCUGGCCUGUGGUUGGAGCCGCGGCGACUGCGCGUUGGGGAGCUUCCUGCCACACGACCCUAGCGUUCUUCGCAGUUGCUGGACAGUGCGUCUAGGAAGCCGCUGCUGGUAGAGUGUGCUGGUCGCUGUGUCCAGGGUGCUGGCCGUCGAGUUGCGGUGAGGAAGUAGCCGCACAGCGGAAGUGACAGUAAAGGAGGGGGAAAAAUUGGGACUGCGAGCCGCGGUCGGGUUGAGACGGGCAUCCUCCAGGACCCUGGGCUGCCGACCGGGAACCGUAGGAAGAACCGGCGCGAAGGUCUGCUCUUCGCUGAGUACAGGGGCAAUGCUGAAAGGAAUACCAAGGCUUUUCUUCAGGGUCCAUAAGCUAGACCCAGGAUGUUCUUUCCAUGUCAGUUCCCAGGCAUCCCAAAGCAUUGUUCACCUAGAGAACCAGGUUCCAGUUGAGCAUCCCAGAGCUAUUUCCCGAACCAGUGAAAGUGACCCGGCCAAGCAUGGAGAACAACAUGAAGGCCAGCACUACAGCAUCCCCCUCCAGGAUUUGAAGAUGGUGUUUCCCCAUGGCCUGCCGCCUCGAUUUGUGAUGCAGGUGAAGACUUUCGGUGAAGCUUGUCUGAUGAUAAGGAAACCAGCCCUAGAGCUUCUGCAUUACUUGAAAAACACCAAUUUUGCACAUCCAGCUGUGCGCUAUCUUCUCUAUGGGGAGAAGGGUACAGGAAAAACCCUCACCCUUUGCCAUGCUAUUCAUUUCUGUGCAAAACAUGACUGGAUGAUUCUGCAUAUUCCAGAUGCUCAUCUUUGGGUGAAAAAUUGCCAGGAGCUUCUGCCAUCCACCUACAACAAGCAGCGCUUUGACCAACCCUUAGAGGCUUCCACCUGGCUGAAGAAUUUUAGAACUACAAAUGAGCGCUUCCUGAGCAAGAUAAAAGUUCAAGAGAAGUAUGUCUGGAAUAAGAGAGAAAGCACUGAGAAAGGCAGUCCUCUGGGAGAAGUCAUUGAACAGGGCAUAACACGGGUGAGGAAUGCCACAGAUGCUGUUGGGAUUGUGCUGAAGGAGCUAAAGAGGCAGAGUUCCAUGGGGAUGUUUCACCUCCUGGUUGCAGUAGAUGGAGUCAAUGCUCUCUGGGGAAGGACCACACUGAAAAGAGAAGAUAAAAGCCUGAUUGCCCCAGAGGAACUAGCUCUUGUUCACAACCUGAGAAAGAUGGUGAAAAAUGAUUGGCAUGGCGGUGCUGUUGUGUUGACUUUGAGCCAGACUGGGUCUCUCUUUAAGCCCCGAACAGCCUAUUUGCCACAUGAACUCCUAGGAAAGGAAGGAUUUGAUGACCUUGAUCCCUUUCUUCCCAUCCUGAUUUCCAACUAUAACCCAAAGGAAUUUGAAAGUUCCUUUCAGUAUUACUUAGAGAACAGUUGGCUUCAGCAUGAGAAAGCUCCUACAGAAGAAGGGAAGAAGGAGCUACUGUUCCUAAGUAAUUCCAACCCUGGGCAGCUGGAGCGGCUCUGUGCCUGCCUGUAAGCCACAGACACAGUGUAUGUGGAGGACAAUGGACAUUUUCUUCAAGCAAGACUGUCCCAUGAGGGAGUCCCACUAUAUAUAGGUAGAGCGCCCUGGACUUACAGAUUUAACAGGUGAUGCUGGGCCUUCAUUGAUAGGAUUCCUUAUGAAGUUACUGAACACAUGGCAAAAGGAUGUCCAAGAUUGUUCUGAAACUAAUAGCUUUUUUACAUUGUUUUCAUAUUUAAGAUAAUCAUGGAUGAUUUCCUUAAAGGAAAAUAAAUAUAUU